AUUGUCGUCUCUCCCUCAAAAGCCCUAAUUGCCUCCUUCACAACAAACUGAAUUGAGAACUCGAGCAGAAAACAACUCGAUUCAUCAAAUUCACCAUCUUCCUGAUCUCAACCGGCGCAUCUCCUUCCUCUGUUAGGUAGUAUUCUUGAAGAGAUAUAAUUUUAUUAAUUGAGAAUAAAUGGCACUGGUUGUAAUCUGUGGUCAACCAUGCAGUGGAAAAUCAAAAGCUGCAUUAAGUCUAGCUGAAUCCCUUAAACAAUCACCAGAAUUGAAGCAUCAAGUGAGAAUCAUCGAUGAAGCUUGUUUUCAUCUUGAUCGGAAUCAGAGUUACGCGAAUAUGCCAUCGGAGAAGAAUUUAAGAGGGGUUCUUAGGUCAGAAGUGGAUAGGUCUCUGUCGAAAGAUACUGUUAUUAUUGUUGAUUCUUUGAAUAGCAUUAAGGGUUAUCGAUAUGAGCUAUGGUGUUUGGCUCGUGCUGCAGGGAUUAGAUACUGUGUUGUUUAUUGUGAUGUUGAAGAUAGUGAUUGUAGAAAAUGGAAUCAAGAGCGUAGGGAGAAUGGUGAGGAUGGUUACGAUGAUGUAAUAUUUGAAGAUUUGGUGAGGAGGUUUGAGAAACCGGAGAGAAGAAACCGGUGGGAUUCGCCUUUGUUUGAGUUGAGAUCUUCUGAUUUUGGUUCUAUUGUAGAUGAGGUUGUUUCCUAUAUUACCAAAAAAGUGGACUCGAAAACACGUGAUGUGAAGAUAUUGCAACCAACAAUUGCUACUCAAACCGCACGUUCUUCUGAUGCUAAUUCUCUCUAUGAGCUGGAUAAAGCAACACAAGAGGUUACUAAUGCUAUAGCAGAAGCGCAAUCGCGUGAUCUUGGUAUGUUACCGGCUAAUGGUAUUUCUAUAGGGAAAGAUUUGCCUCCGAUCAAUCUUUCGAGAUCGGUUGGGUUGCCGGAGCUUCGUAGGUUGCGACGUACAUUCAUGAAGUUAACAGGGCAAACGAGUUUGAGUGGGAGAGCUCCUCCUUCUGAUUCUGAUAGUGCUAAAAGGAUGUUUAUUGAUUACUUGAAUAGGGAGCUUGGAACUUCAUGAAGAAAAGUAUGUUGUAGUAAUCUUAUAACUGAGUUUAUAUGUGUGCUUGUUUUACCAAAUAUGAGAUGUUUCAUAUUUAAUUGGAGCAUUGUUGUUGAAUAAACUGAUUUUUCUCCCUA